CACACACACACAUACACACACACACGCACACAUACGCACAUAGACACAUUACAGCAUCAAUGAUUCAUCAUCACCGCUUCAUCUUCUUACUACACAACAAAGGUGCGGUGCGGUGCAGAAAAGAGCAGCGAGUACACACAUAACCGUAUAUAUAUAUUUCAGACCGAGAUGGAAUUACCAUGACAACUGCUCAUGAGUCACCGGACCACAAGCAAUCCACGGUGGAGCAGCGGAAGCAGAGACAGACGCUGCACACCCUGGUGGCAGUCCUUGUUCAGGUGACCACAGGUACCACCAUCACCAGCCUGAACAAAUGGAUAUUCGCCGUCUGCAACUUCCCUUACCCGCUGCUGCUGUCCGCCCUGCACAUGCUGUCGGCCAUCAUCAUCGACUACACCCUGAUCCGCGUGGGCUUCAUCAACCUCAAGCUCAAGGAGGCCACGGGACUGCCCGCGGCUGCCAAGUUCAAAGUGUUCCUCCUGAGCCUGACCUUCUGCGCCACCAUCGCCUUCGGCAACAUGGGGUUAAAUUACGUCCAGCUCUCCUUCGCCCAGAUGAUCUCCACCACCACCCCGCUCUUCACCAUAGCCAUCUCCAAGGUGUUCCUGGGUCAACAGCACCACAUCCUGAAGUACACUGCCAUGAUGCCCAUCUGCCUGGGAGCCUCUUUCAGCCUCAUGGGCGAGGUGGAGUUCGACCACAAAGGCUGCUUCUAUAUCUUUGCCGCCACCAUGCUGAGAGGCGUGAAGUCCAUUCAACAAAGCAUUCUCCUGCAGGAAGAAAAGAUCAACUCGGUCAUCCUGCUCUACAUGAUGUCCAUCCCUAGCUUCUGCAUCUUGAUUUUAGCUGCGUUGCUGCUGGAGAGUAACGCCAUUUGGGAACCUCUUGUCGUGUACGACAACAGACUGUGGUUUUUAAUCUUGCUCAGCUGCCUGGGAUCAGUACUGUACAAUCUAGCCAGCUUCUGCGUCACCACUCUGACCUCCGCCGUCACCCUGCACGUGCUGGGGAACCUGAACCUAGUGGGAAAUAUCAUCGUCUCCCAGAUCCUCUUCGGCAGCGAGAUAACCGGGCUGAGCUACGCUGGCAUUGGCCUUACUCUAUCGGGGGUGCUGAUGUACCAGAACUCGGACUUGAUAGAGGACUACUUAACACCCAAGGGAAAGCUUCGCGGAGAGGACGCCAAGUUUAAAAACUGACUGAAAGUGAGAGAGAGGGGGGGGUGCACAGAAAAAAAAAGAUUUUAAAAAAAAGCCUCGCAUUUGAUAUUAUAAUUCUUAUAGGGUCAGAAUCGCCAAACUGCAGGCAGAGCGAGGGGAAGGUUUAUGAUAUUAAAGCACAGCACAUUGCCUUAUUUAAAAUAAUGCCUUACUUAAUAUGUUGUCCUAUUUAAAAUAUAUGAUGAAUAUAUGACCUGAGUUGUAUUUAUUAAAGAAUCAUAUACAGUA